GUCUUCUUUUUCACACCUCUCUCUCUCUGUCUCUCUCUGUCUCAUCAGUGUCUCAUUCUGGUUCUCGUUCCUAGUCUUUCUAGUUGCAGCCAUAGAAAGAAUCUAGGGUUUCGCUUUCUCACCCUAUUUCUUACCCCAACGUCUACUUCCACUUUUGUUGUCUUUUGUUUCUUUUGAUUUCAUUCCCCCCCCCCCCCCCCCCCCCACCCCCUCCUCUUUAAACCGUAACGACCUAGCUAUUUAACUUCAAAGCUUAAAACUUCUUAUGGGUUUCUCUUUUCUAAGUUUUCCUGAUCGAUUUAGUUAAAUUUGAUCCAUGUCUGAAAAUUUGCAGAGGAAGUUCAAAGAUUUAGGAUUUUUUUUUUUUUGAAACUUUUAUUUUUGGUCUAUUGUAAUGGGUUUUUUAGGAUCUGUUUCAUGGGUAGUAUUUGUAUUUUAGAGUUCUAUGAUGAUUUCUCAUCUGGGUUUCUAGGGUAUUGGGGGAAUUAGGGUUUGGUCCUUGGAUCAAGGAGACAUGGAGGAGGUUGAAGAAGCUAACAAAGCUGCCGUGGAGACCUGCCAUAGGUUCCUUGGCCUCCUAUCUCAAUCCAAGGAUCAGGUUCAGGACAAGAGUUUAAUGGUGGAAGCUGGAGAUGCUGUGUUCAAGUUCAAGAGAGUUAUGUCUCUCCUGGGUCCUGGUUUGGGUCAUGCAAGAGUUAGAAAACUGAAGAAAUUUCAAUCCCCUGUUCCCCAAAGCGUCUUCCUCGACAACCCAAUUUCUAAAGUUGACUCUUCAACCAGUCCUGCCCAGCUUAUCCAAGUCACUAAUCUUCUCGAUAACCCACACCAGGGAACGGAAACAGCUAAGAAUUCUGGUCUGCAAUUUACCCAGAAAAUGUUUCUUGAGAACCGAGCACUGGAAAUGGCUUCCGCUGCUAAGAAUCCACUCCAACUUGCGCAACAAACGCCAACGACUCAGUACCAAUUCCUCCAAAAUCAGCAACAGAAUCAGCAACAACAAAGGUUCUACCUUCAGCAGCAGCAGCAACAGCAACAGCAACAGAUGAAAUUCCAAGCUGAUAUGAUGUUCCGCAGGAGCAACAGCAGCGUAAACCUCAAGUUUGAUAACUCUAGCUGCACACCCACUAUGUCAUCCACCCGAUCUUUUAUCUCAUCUCUUAGCAUGGAUGGCAGUGUGGCUAACUUGGAUGGAAAGGCCUUCCAUUUAAUCGGUGCACCACAGUCAUCUGACCGGAACUCUCAACAGUCUACCAAGAAGAGGUGCUCUGGUAGGGGAGAAGAUGGGAGUGUCAAAUGUGGAAGUAGUGGCAGAUGCCAUUGCUCCAAGAGGAGGAAACUUAGGGUGAAGAGAUCCAUCAAGGUGCCUGCCAUCAGUAACAAGCUUGCAGAUAUCCCUCCUGAUGAGUAUUCUUGGAGGAAGUAUGGACAGAAGCCAAUUAAGGGUUCUCCACACCCUAGUUUUAAUGCAGGGGAUACUACAAAUGUAGCAGCAUGAGAGGUUGUCCUGCAAGGAAGCAUGUUGAGAGGUGCCUAGAGGAUCCUUCAAUGCUUAUUGUUACUUACGAGGGUGAGCAUAAUCACUCCAGGUUGCUGUCCCAAUCUGCUCAUACAUAGACUUCAUGGAAAGCUUCAUUGAGAUCACUUUAAAAGCCCCAAGGCUCAUGUUCGUCUACACCAAUCGGUUGAGUUGCUUCUGUACAUAAUGUGUAUGGUUCAAUCUUGAGAUUACAGAUGAUGGGCAUUUUACUGGCAUUGAGAGGAGGCCUUCUAGCUCUUUUGACCUUCUUGGGGGAGGCAGGUAUAUUAAAUCAUAGAGCCAGAAAAAACAUCUAGAAUGCAAAAGGGGUUGGAAAUUGUAAGAUUAUAACUCUUCUUCUGUGACAACCUAAGAUCUUUUUCUCACAGUAGGGGUUUUCUGAAUGAAUGCAAUCCCUUUGGCAUGCUUUUUAA